AUGGGCCGCAAGCCGAACCCCCUCAUCCUCGAGUAUUUCGAGCGCGGGCCCAAGCUCAACGACAACAGCAAUCGCUACCCGCAUACGUGCAAGCUGUGCGGCGAAAUAUUUCCCAAGGGCCGCAUUGACAGCCUGACCGCACACAUCACCAAGAGGUGUCCUGCCAUCUCCGAGUCGGAGCGCAUGCGCGCCUGUCUCGAGCUCCACGGCAUCGCUCAUGCCCGCACCGCCGCCGAACGACACCAACAGGUCGUCGGUCGAGAAAGCGCAUCAGCCGCCCCGUCGUCUAGCACACUGCCUCAGGAAUGGAGUGCCCUCGAGACUCUGGCCGAGGCGUCCCGGCAGGUUGACCUCAACGAGAACAGCCGCAGCCCCAACAGCCACAACGCGCAUAACCCAUCGACCGCCAACAGCGCGCAAAGCGACUAUCGCUUCGACGUUCAGGGACAUUACACGCUCGACAAUCCCCCCGUGACCUACGACAUGAACACGCACGACAGCCAACAGACGGAAGAGGCCGCCCCCGAUGCAGAGCCUGCUGUGGCCCCGGCCCCGACGCCGCCUCCGCCCGCCGACCUCACACCGGAAGAAAGACUGCAGGCCCUGUUGCCAGUGAGCGACGAUUCCCCUGAUAAUCCUAACAUCUCCGUCGCUUUUGCAGCAGCGGCUCGACUAAACUCGGCCUUUUUCGAUCCCCAGCUCAUCAGUCACGACCACUCUUCCGCGUCCCCACCUCCUUCGGAGGCUCCCGCCGUCUCCCAUGAAGCUCCUGAAGAUCUCCACGCAGCUCCCGAAGCAACUCAAACAGCAUCGCCCACACCCAUCGGCGACACAGGCGUCUCGCAGCCCUGGGGAGAGAUGACGUACCUGACGACGACGUCGCCCGCUCCCGCUGUCCACAAUAACCCUCCUCCGCCCGCACCGCUGCCGCAGAUUCGUGGCGGCGUUCGCAUGGACACGAGUGGCCCCAUGUUUAACGGGCGAUCGCGCCACUUUCGAUCCAAGUUCACGCCAGCAAGACGGCAGGAGGUCAAAGAAGUCCGGAAGCUAGGGGCUUGCAUCCGUUGCCGCAUCCUUCGCAAGAUCUGCAGCAAAGGCACUCCGUGCGACACCUGCCGCAAAGUCCUGGCCCCGCGGGUGUGGAUGACGGGCUGUGUUCGCUCGCGCCUGCACGAGCAGCUCGACCUCUACUCCGCCGGAGUGCAAGUCGUGCUGUCGCAGAACCGCAUCAACCUCCACAAAGACCAGCUUCAGUUGACCGACGUCGACUCGGUCGUCGAGGUUUCCCAUUUUCCCGACACGGGCAGACAUAUCAGCCUACCCACGCUAGCCGUCUUGCUGGAACCCGGCGAGAGCCCUGAGGCAGAUGCGGAGAACAAGGUCUACCAGGUCAUCAUGAUUAACCAGGACAAGGAGGACGUGCCGGGCAAGGUCGACGCCUACGUGCGCGAUGUCCUCGAGCUAUUUGUCGAGCGAGAGCCGUCGAGGUUUAUGCGCGUCACGCUCGAGACAGCGAUGCAGCAACUGGCGGAAGGAGAAGACGAGCUCCUCCGCAAAGCACUGGAGCUGUGGGGCCUGGUAGAGAGCAUCGACCGCGAGCGGCAGUGGACCAUUGUCGAGAGGCCGGCCGGCGAGGGCCAGAAGCCGCGGUCCAUCAAGGAGGCCCAGGACGAAAACGACGUCGAUAUCUACACCAUGAUUUGCAUGCAACUCAACGCCGCCGCGGAGCGCAAGGCCAACGGCACGUCCAAGGCCCUCCUCAACCUCAUGGACCGGCUGCUGGCCGACAGCAAGACCAAGGCCGGCUUCAGGAUCUACCUGACGUCCCUCAUCCUGCUCAACUGCGUCGAGAAGUCGACGUGGGCCUUCAAGGCCUGGGAGCAGGACCAUCUGCGGCCCGGCUGGCCGCUCGAGCGCGACCCGGGUGCCUUUACCCAGCAGGGCGGCCACCUGGCCGCCUUGUUCAAGAUGCUGCUGAGCAUCCGCCGCGCGUUGCCGCAGACGAUGCGCGCCGACGACGGCAAGCUCGCCACCCUGGACCCGGACCCAGUCAUUGUCAACUAUUUUCAGAGCCUGGACAUGGAAUAUGACACGAUCCAGACGCGACAAAGGGGCUCCGAGUUCUCUCCCGCCGACUCGCGCUCCCUCGAGCUCAUGUUCUGCUCCCACCUUCUCCUGCCCAAUGUGGCGUCCUGA